UUCAAGGUUCUGGUUGUAUAUAUAUAUAAUCUGGAGGUUUAAAUAGAUAUUCAGUGUUUGUUUAACCCUUGCACUGCACACUCUAAACUUAACAAUGUUUAAGUUAUCGGUAUCGUUUGCUCUUUUUGGUCUAAUUACCGCAACACAAGGACCCUGCGAUGAAUGCAACCAAGUUUCAGCUGCUCUGAGAGACCGGAUUGUUCAAGACGGAAGCAUUAAAAUGCAGAUCGGUCUGCUAUCAUCCCGUGUUUGCCCGAGUCUAGAUGAUCCAGAUUUCUGCCAAGAAAUGUUGAAUGAACACUGGUUAGAUAUUGCUCGUGUUUUGCAUCCUUUCAAUUUCUCUCCUCCUAAAGCUUGCGAACGCACCAAUGUUUGCAAUGGAUUGAUAACACCCAUUGUUCGUGAAUGGACUUGUGAGAACUGUUUGGCUGGGACAGCAACACUGCAGAAGUUCUUUAAGCUGGAUCAGACAAUUGCUGAAUCUAUCUCUUUUCUCAAAGGCGAGAGUUUCUGUGGUAAACGUGAGAAGAAGACUGAUGACUGUAAUGGACUUGUUGAGAAACUGAUGCCUUCUCUUCUACCAGGGUUGGCUGGUAUACUCGGAGCUAGGGCUCAGGGGUUCUGUACAGACACUUUCUCAGUCUGCUAAAAUCUAUAAUUAGUCUGCUAAGAUAUGAAUUCUAUCUGCUAAAACCUAUGAUUAGUCUGCUAAGAUAUGAAUUCUAUCUGCUAAAACCUAUGAUUAGUCUGCUAUGAUAUGAAUUCUAUCUGCUAAAAUCUAUGAUUAGUCGUUCUGCUAAGAUAUGAAUUCUAUUUGCUCAAAUCUAUAAUUAGUCUGCUAAGGUAUUAAUUCCACUAAGAUAUGGUUUCUACUGCUAAAAUCUGCAAUUAGCCUGCUAAAAUAUUCUUAUUCUUAUUUUUCAGAACUGCAAUUUUGCUUUUUAGUCAAAAAGAAGUAUAUCUUAGUCAGUAGAUAUAGUAUCAAAUCAUAUAAAUUAUAUAUUCUAAACGUCCAUUUUCAAAUUCUAUU